AUGUUUGGCAGGAUCAAUAUUUCUUCUGCCAAAAGAGCGAAGCCACGUGGCAAACGUAAAGAAGCACCGAAAUCUAUAUUCGAUUCUGAGUUUCCUGAGCCAAAAUUUUUAGAUAAAGGAAUAUUAGCUACUGAUGGCUGCACAUAUUACAAAAAAGCAUUGAUUGAAGGCCAAGAGUUCAAUCUAUUUGAUUCUGCACAAAUUUUAACAUCAGAUACAACAGGAUCUAAAGACCAUUUAUAUUAUGCACUAAUUCUUCAAAUGCGAUCAGAUACAGAAGGCAACAAACAAGCCAAAGUAAAUUGGUACUGGAGAAAAGACGAACUUCCAGAAGAAUUAAAAUGUUUCGUACUCAGAAGAGAAUUGCUUCUCUCUGAAGCAGUAGAAUACAUUCCUUUAGAUGCAAUUCGAAGCAAAAUAACUGUUUAUUCAAACGUUUCAAAUAUUGGUCGAAAGAUAAAUCACCUUAUUACAGCAAAUACAAGCGAAUUCUUAUGCAAUCGCGGAUUCUUUACAUGCCAAGCGGAGUUUGUAGCAGUUUCUACAAUACGUCGUCUAAUGAAUUUAACAUUAGAAGAUAUUGAACACGUAGAAAGCGGAUCUAAGUAUGACAUUGCGCGUGCACGAUUGCAGUUGAAUUAUGUUAAAGCUGUAUUAGGAAGACAAGGCGAAAUGCAGUCAAUUAAGGCUGCAAUUGAAAGAUUUCUUAUGCGAGGCGGUUGUGGCGGCUGCCUAUAUAUAUCUGGCGUUCCUGGCACAGGUAAAACACUCUGUGUCAAAGAAGUUAUGAAGCAAAUCGGAAAUGAAGUCAUUUCUGGUAAAAUCAAAGAUUUUGAGUUCUAUGAGAUCAAUUGCUUGCGGUUUGGCGAGUCGAACAAUGUAUUUAAAGAAAUUUGGUACCAGCUUACCGGUGAAAAACUCUCCGUAAAGUCAUCAAUUGCAAAUCUCAACGCAUUGUUUACGAAAAGUCCACCCGAAAAGUACAUGAUACUUCUCAUAGACGAGAUUGACAUCCUUUUGACCAGGAAACAGACCGAAAUCUACUGUUUGAUGGAAUGGGCUUGUUUGCCUAAGAGUCACCUGAUUGUUAUCUGCAUAGCGAACAUUAUGGACUUGGAGCAGCGCUUAGCACCCAAAGUCCAGUCGAGAUUCGGUAAAGAAACAAUCAGAUUUUAUCCAUACAAAAGUGACGAAUUGAAAAUAAUCGUCGAAGGAAGAAUCAAAGAUUUAGGCAUUUUCCAUCCGACAGCCAUUGAUUAUCUCUGCAAGAAUAUAGCUAAUGUCGGUGGAGAUGCAAGAAAAGCACUCGAAGCUUGCAGAAGAUCAUUGGACUUCGUUACAGAAGAAAAUUCAGAAAAUUCAAAGAAAAAAACGAAGUCUGAAGAGCAAAUCAAACUGAAGACGAUGGUAAGAGCAGUUAAAGAUAUGCAGGAGAUAAGAGGAAUGUCAAUUCUUGAAAAAAUCACGCUCAACGAAAAAUUAAUUUUGAUUUCGUUCUUGAAAGAGAUGAAAUUAAAGGAUUUGACAUCUGCAUCGAUGAGAGAUGUUGUAAAAAGGUUCUAUACCAUCCAGAAACAGUUUCCAGACUCUCCUCAAGUAAAUACAACGAUGUUGAUGGUUCUUGUUGGAAAGCUGAUUGAUAUCAAGGUGCUUAAGACACAAGAUGAAAGAGUUCCUUCAGCAAACUCAAGAUUGUUGCUAGUUUGCAGUGAAGGAGACUUAUUAAUCAGUUUGAACAAAGAUAAGGCAUUGAAAGCUCUUGUAGAGCCUCUUAUGCCUUAG